AAGUAGAUUCGUUUUAGCGAAAAAAAAUUUUGGGGUUUAGGUGCACUUUAAUAGCGCUGUUUUCCCAGUACCUUACCAAGUUUGAGAUUCCAGUGCCGGGAUAUAGCAAAGAACGGAGAGGUUUUUAUGUUAGCCGAUAUCCACUGUUCAGAUUAUAUCCAGUGAGUAUAGGUCUUUGGACAUUUCGAAAUGUAUUUUUUAAUUUUGUUUAGUCCCUCUUUAUGAGCUUAACGUGUGUUCAUAUGACUACAUGCAUGUCGCGUGGUUUAUACGCAGGUAAUUCUAGCAAUCGCAGUAUCGUGGAUAACCUGCGCAAUCAUCACCACAGCGGGAGGCUUUCCUUCUGAUCCCAGCAUUCCUCAGUACCUGGCGAGAACUGACGCCAGGGCUGAAGUGUUAAAAGAAGCCAAAUGGUUCAAAUUUUCGUAUCCAGUUUAGCAGAAGUAAUUGGAGUCAUUCUUGCAUUCUUUCAGGCUUGUGCGUGUACUGUUUAACACGUGAUGUUUUUUUUUUUGCAGAUCAAUUCGGAAUGCCUACUGGGGUGUUGGUCUCCAUCAUUGGGUUCGUGGGAGGUUACUACGCUUGCGCGAGAUUAUCAGGAGCCCCUCCACCGCCAAAACAUGCAAUAAACCGCGGAAUAGGAAUGGAAGGAAUUGGAUGUCUCUUGACGGGAGCGUUCGGUAGCGGAAAUGGCACAACCUCGUACAGCUGUGUAAAUAUUGGAGCCAUCGGAAUCACAAAGGUUGGAAGUCUUCGUGUUAUCCAGUUUGGAGCUCUUGUAGUGAUGGUUGUUGGUUUUCUUGGUAAAAUUGGCGCGUUAUUCGUCAGCAUUCCAGAUCCCAUUGUUGGUGGAGUUUUCAUGGUCAUGUUUGGAAUGACCGCCGCUGUCGGAAUCUCGAAUCUUCAGUUCGCUGACAUGAAUUCCUCCAGAAACUUGUUCGUUGUUGGAUUUUCCACUGUUUUUGGAUUAGCUCUGCCACAUUGCAUGAACGGUCAUCCUAACGCAAUUGACACAGGUAUGAUUUACACUGGAAGACAUCCGUUUGUAUUUGACAUAUCAAUAAAAAUCUGCGCUACAUUUUCGUUGCUUUUCUGGGCCUAUAAUUGGAAAUUAACGACAUACAUGUAUAUCUUAAACAGGAGUUUCAGAAAUCGACCAACAAGCAUGACAGUGAGUUGUAUUGUUGCAUUGAUUCUGGACAACACCAUUCCUGGUACCUUUGUGGAACGCGGGCUUAAGGCUUGGAGGCAACACCUGUCAGAUGACAGUGACGAGUUUCAAACAGCUUCUAUUAAAGUGUAUGAUCUGCCGUUUGGUCUCAAUCGCAUCAGUAACUACAAAGUGGCAAAGUAUUUGCCUUUCCUACCGCACAACGACAAGGAUCGCUCGCCAACAGCUGAUGUGGAACUGAACGUUGCUAGUUCCUAGCUGGAACUGAUUGAAACUGUUGACAGUCUAUAGGAAUGAGAGACGUUAUUUCCAGUUAGCCGAAUAAUUUCUUGAAAAGUAAGAGAUAGAAAAGUGCCCAAUUAGUUGACCCCGGGGGGUACUUCCUUAUAUGGGCUAUAUAGCUAUGUGCGGCCCUUAAGGGUAAGGUUUUUCAGCCGUUUUGGUCAUAAAUGGGGUGUCGAGUUUGGCCAUUUUGGUCAUAAAUAGAGUAUGGUUUUUG